CCCAGUGCGCAUGUGCUCUAUCUCACACGUGCGGUGACCGUUUGGACUGGCUGCAUGCGACAGAGCUGAGGAAACCCGCAGCUUCACAAAGAUAUCACCUACACGAACAAUAACUCUCGUUUUGUCGUCCUUUCUAUCCCGAGUGAAAGGAAAUAGUCCUCCGUGAAGCAUUUCGCCGAGAGGGCCGGAACAGCAGAGAAACGAGUCACCAUGACUGAACCCCAAGUGAACCCAAAGGCCUACCCGCUGGCCGACGCCACGCUGACCAAAACCAUCCUGGACCUGGUGCAGCAAGCGUCCAACUACAAGCAGCUGAGGAAGGGAGCUAACGAAGCCACUAAAACCCUGAACAGAGGCAUCGCUGAGUUUAUUGUGAUGGCUGCUGAUGCUGAACCACUGGAGAUCAUCCUCCACCUGCCACUGCUCUGUGAGGACAAGAACGUCCCGUACGUGUUUGUCCGCUCCAAGCAGGCCCUCGGCCGGGCCUGUGGGGUGUCUCGCCCCGUCAUCGCUACCUCAGUCACCAUAAAGGAGGGCUCUCAGCUCAAACCGCAGAUUCAGUCUGUUCAGAUGGCUAUUGAGAGACUGCUCGUCUGAUUUUUGUUGCACUGUUGUGACAAAUUCUCCUUUUGAAAAAAAAGGGAGAAAGACGAAUUCUAGUUUGAAAAUAAGAUUGUUUGAUAAAAAACAGUUAAGCAUGAUAAAAAAAAAUAUAGAUGUUCUUUUCUUUUUUACUUUUUAGGACAUCGUGUCCACUUGAGUGUAUCAGUUUGCCAUGGCAUCACCUGAUUCAUAAUAAAAAAUAAUUUUUUAUUUAAA